AUGUCUCGCGCCGCUUCGCCUCCCGUGGCUCGCGCUUCGCCACUCUCACCGCAGCUGCCGAGUUGUACAGACGCCCCUGCGACGUUUCCGAUGAGGAGAGGGCCCCCACAGUCGUCAGUAGUCCUCAUCGAGGCCGACGCGCUGGUGCUCGACUGGGGGAGUCUGCUGCAGUGCAUCCUCCAAGGCUUCGUGCACCGUAAGCUUCUUCCAGAAGAAUCCUCCACCAUUCUGCUUCCGGGCUGUUCUCUGCUCCACGCCGGCACGCGCAUUGCGACGCGCACCGCCUCUGCGGAGAAGGACCGACUUGGCGGCCAGCCCGCUCGACGCGACAGUCCGCAUUCUGCGCAGAAGGCCUCAAAACAAACGCGCGUCGAGGACGGGGAGGCCUUUCCCCACAUCUCGUCCCGAGCAUGCGGCGAAGACGAGGCGUCUGUGAGGACUCUGUGCGGCCGCCUCCUCACAACCGUCCCCAUGCCUGACGGAUCUCAGGAGACGAUCCAGUCGGCGAUUCCGGAAGACUCCACGCGUCCUCCGGCGGGCGUGCUUCCCAGCGAUGCGCAGGCGCCGACCCUCGCCCAUCCGCCCUGUCCGUCGUCUUUGAGUCGCGUGAUGAACGCGUUGAAAGUCGCGGUGAAGCCGCAUAUCGGCGCCUACCGCUUUCUGCGCAUUCUCGCGUUGCACGCGCUCGCGGACUCCCUGGAGACAUCUGCGCAAAACGCGCCCUCGGAGGGCCGCUUCGCUGACGAGUUGGAACUGAAGCACGAGGCGGAAAACUCCGAAGGAUCCAGUCGCCCACUGCAUCUGGUGUUUUGUACCAGCAACGCAUCUGUGUGGCGGGACCACCUCGCCACUCUGGAAGACGGAGCGCGCGCCACACGAGGGCGCCCUCAGGCCGGCGACGCGUUGCUUCACCUGUCCCACGCAGGCGUCGUGUCGCUCUUCCCGCUCCAAGACGGCGUCGACGCGCUGAGGCGUUUCGUGGAACGGAAAGUGCACGAAACGCGCAGAAAAAGCCGCAGGACGCGACACGAAACGGCGCCGGAGCUAGGCGAGUCUUUGGCGGCAGGGGAGGACGGAAAAGAUGCCAAGCAGGGAAAGAAGGAUCUCUGUAGGCAAGAGAGCGACGAUCAACACUGCGGGGAAAAGAGGCUCAAAGGCGAAGAAGACAUCUUACACGCCGCCUCCGCAGUCACCGUGGCGGCCAAAACGAAAGCCUUCGCACGCUUCGCCAGCGCAGCAGGGUUCACCAACUUGGUGCCGUCGUUGCGGGGCAUGCAGCUGCGGCCAAGUUCGACGACGCAGCCGCGUGCGGAAUGCGAGACGAGCCAGCCGUCCACUGCGGCAACCACGCCGUUGUCGAAUCGUGUCGAGACCAGCGAACUGACCUCUCCCUUCAGAUCUGCUCGAUCCGCUUCCGUUCGAAGCAAUUCCCCGUCACCCGCCCCGUCUGGUGCCUGCGCUUCCCUCAUCUGCGGAACGGGUCAGUUCGGCAGUGGCGGGCGUCGCCGAGGCGACCGCGUCUGUUCCCUGUGCAGGAGUCCCUUUGCUGUAGAUGCACUCCCCAAUGGCGUGCACGCUCGAGUCGGCGCCGAGGAAGUCUCUCCCGGCGCCGCUUUCCAGCUCUGCAACACCUGCGACACGGACCUCGAAGCCAGACUUCUCGACAGUAUCGAUGACGUUGACCUUCAACGCCUUCUACAUCCUGACUCCCUGCCGCGCUCUCCUACAGAGCGGCUUUCGGUCCUCGCCACUUCACCCCCACACUGCGACAUCGUUCGCAGUUCGGAUGCGGCGAAUUCUGGUGUCUGCUCACGUGUGUCUCUUCCCGACUCCUGCUCGUCGACUCCUGAAGCGUCUCUCGUGAGCUCUCGGACCCAAACAGAUGUCGCUCCCCUGCUUCGCCUCCCGUUUCUUCAGCCGCCCGUGUAUCCUCACAAGGUGGCGCCCCUUGCCUUUGCGCGACCCAAGCCAGCGAGUUCACUCCCCUCUGGUGCGAGCGAGGCAAACCCGGACUUCAGGACGGCAAGCGGGGACGGCCGGGGGGCGAGUCUGCCGUGGCGUGCGUGCGCCUGCUGCCGCUUUCUCGCUGAAGAGGCGGCGGGUCUCGAGGCGGACGUCGGCGGGCUCUCGCGAAAACCGCCCAACGCGAACUCGGCCGUGCGCGGCUCGCCUGGGUUGUGGGGGACGUGGAGCGCGGCGGCGACCGGCCUCGAAGCCUGGGGCAGAUCCGUGGUGCUGGCGACGCCUGUCUUGGUCUCCGGAGAAGUGGUCAAGGGUUUCGGGCGCGGCAGCAAAAUGCUUGGGAUUCCCACAGCCAAUGUACGGGAAACGCAGCCGCCCGUGUCCCUUUCGACGGGCGAGGCCUACCGGGAGAGGCAAAACCGGAGCGCGUCAGAGACCGUCCCACGUCCACCCCACAGGCUCUCAGACGACUCGGCAGAGGCUGAAGCCGAAGCACAGGGUUCGGCGCCGGCCGCGGAGCGCCCAGGGAGUAAGGCGGACCACGCCCGUGAGCUGCGAGGCCAAUGGGGCGAGAUUGGCGAAGCUGAUGGAGGCGAAAACAACGGACAUCUGGAGCGGGAUCUGGAGCGCGCCUCGCCUGUGACGCUCUUCCCUGGUGUGUACUAUGGCUGGGCUGCCCUACACCCGCUGCCGCGAACGGGACGCCGAGCGGAAGGCCAAGGCAGGAGCGCAGAAUCCAAUGAACCACUGAGAGACCAGGCAGGCGGGAAGAACGCCGACACCGGUAGAACAGCUGGGCCAGCGGAAAAGAUCAAGGUGUACAAAACCGCCAUGUCUAUUGGCUACAACCCGUAUUUCGACAACACGUCUGUGACCAUUGAGCCCUACAUCUACCACGAAUUUGACGAGGAUUUUGUCGGUAGCCCGAUUACUGUCGUGAUUACCGGCUUCCUUCGAAGCGAGGCAUCCUUUUCUUCCUUCGGCCAUCUGAUUCAGGCAAUACAAAAUGACUGCGAAAUCUGUAGAAUUGCCUUAGAUCAUCCUAUCCAUCUUCCGUCGAAGCACAUGUUAGAGUCACUAUGUAGUGAAACAUGA